AUGUCUCAACAACAAAUUUUUAAAUGUUCAAUUUGUUUAGAAAGUAACUUAUAUCUUAGAAAUGUUACAGUAAAUUUACAAGAUAAAAUUAAUAAUUGUCCUGAUAAAGAGUAUUAUAUACAUCUUAUAACUGGAGUUGAUAAAUUAUGUUCUUCUUGUUAUAUGAAGAUUAUUGAUUCUGAAAGAUUUCAAAAAUCUACUAUUAAUAGAAAUAAUCAAUUAGAUAAUAUGGAUAAUUUAGUAGAUAAUAGUGAAUCUAAUAUUUCAACAAAUUUAAUGGAUAUUAGUAAUUUAAUAGAAUCUAAUAAGUCUA